AUGAAUGGAAAAUUGAUUAUAGCAGUAAAUUUAUUUUUUUAUAUUACAUUACUUGGUCAAUGGAAGGGUGUAGGAGCUAAUCAAACUUCUGACAGUAGUUCUGCUACACCUGCCUCAACUACUCCUGAUCCUACUAGUUCAACAGAAGGUACUACUACUGGUUCUGAUCAAGAUCCAUCUGCAACCGCUCCUGAUCAAACUACAUCUUCCUCAAGUCCUGAUCAAUCUGCAGCUACUACAGCUCCUGAUCCUACUAGUUCCUCAAAUCCUGAUCAAGAUCCAACUGCAACUGCUCCUGAUUCAUCUACAGCUCCUGAUGAUACUAGUGCAACAACUCCUGAUCAAACUGCUCCUGAUGCCACUAGUCCAACUGAUCAAGAUCCAACUGCCAGUGAAUCAACUGAUCCAUCUGCCACGAGUCUAACCACAGCUCCUGAUUCAACUGAAUCAACAACUGAUCAAUCUACCAGUGAAUCAGCUACUGAAACUGAUCAAACUUUAACAGUUUCUGCAACGCCUACAACACCUGUAUCAACAGAUUCUGCCAAAGGUGUUACCCUUGAUGUAAAUAAAACUGAGAGCACAGCUGAGUAUGAGUGCACCAAUGAUCGUAAUUUUCAUAAGUACGUUCCUAAAAACGGUGGUGUUUUCGGUAAGGUUGUACAAGGAUCAACUGUUGUUUGGGAGUCAGAUGGUAGUGUAUAUGGUACUGAGGUCAUAUUUGUUAGUGUUACGAAAUACCUGAUCGUUCUGCUUGAUAACAAUAAGUUCUCAUUUUUCAAAUAUUAUUUUGCUAGGUGGAAUGAUAUGACCAAUAAGAGGUAUGAUGUAUCCAAACUUAAGUUAUAUGGUGAGAGUGAUAAAGAGCUCAGUUCAUAUGAUUAUAGGGUUAAUUUGAGGCUUUACUCCUUCAGAUAUGAAUUCAAUGAGGGAGUUAAAUGUCUCAAGGUGAAGUAUGGAGAUGACGUUGUCUGGAAAGAUAGCGAUGAUAGUGAUUUUAAGUCCGUUAAGAUGUUUCUGUUAGAUCUUCCUUCAAACAAUUUUUUUGUUAAAAAUCACUCUGACAAAGUUAAGAGGGUUUGCCCCAAACCUGAUCAAGAUGCCAGUGAAUCUACCGCUCCUGAUUCCACUAGUUCAACUGAUCAAGAUCAAUCUGCAACUGCUCCUGAUUCAUCUACCACUCCUGAUGCCACUAGUUCCUCAACGCCAGCUGCAACAAGUCCUGAUCAAACUACAGCUUCCUCAAGUUCGGAUCAAGCUGCAGCUACUACUGGUUCUGAUCAAGAUUCGGGAUCUCCGACAGCGGCUUCGUCUGAUUAA